AGAUUGAUGAGGUAUAAAUAACAUGGGAAUGUAGCAGAACAUCGCACUGAUAAUUGUGGAGCGACCACGUGCUGUACAUAAUAUUUUCAUCUAAGCAAUUUACAUAUCCAUAUGGUAAUAAAAUUUGUUCCCCCACUGAAUUAAGCAGUAGUAGAAGUGAAGUGAUAAAAAUUUCCUGAAGUGACAAUCGUUGGAACUGUUUAAAGCUCAAAUUAAUCGGAAAAAAGCUUAAUAGCAAUGCUCUCGUCAAACAUAUGGUGUUUCGUUUGUGUGUUUCUGGCAAUGGCAGUGAAGCUCAUAUUAUGCUUACACACAGCCCCGAUUAAAAACUAUGAAAGUUUUGACGACAAUAUGGAAGACCAGCCCGAGGACGUGUUGAUUGAUUUGAUAACUAGAUAUGGACAAACUAUCAUGCGAGCCAGAGAUGACUUGGAAAACUCCAAGAGAACGGUGGAUUUUGGACUAUCAAGAGGAUACUCGGGUGCCCAAGAGGCAAAGCAUAGAAUGGCAAUGGCGGUAGCAAACUUUGCGGGUGGCCCAGGACGAAAACGCAGAGUGGAAAACAGAAUCGUGCAAGACUAAACUCAUCAUGUAAAAAUUAAAUUGGAUCACCAUCUCAGUACUCGGUAUAUUCUUUCCUCAAGCAAUGGGUACUUCAGUGAAAGUACCAUAUGAAUGAAUAUUCCAUACACUUGGGAGUUGGGUGUCACUAUACAAAACUUUAACAUUGCAAUAAAAUUGUUCCAAUGAACCGAAUCUUAUGGCAUUUUGCCAUUGUACCUACAUUUAUUAGUAAUUAUGACGGCAGCAAUAAGGAUUGAUAGUUACAAUCGCAGCAGUAAUUUAUAGCACUUUUUAUGACUAAAACUAAGGCUCAACAGUAUUAUAGAUGAUAAGGUGUCUGAUAACAAAAAUGAAUUAAAAUGUUCAAAGCUUUUAA